AUGUCUCGAACAGGCUUCGCCCCUCACCCCGCCCCCGGGACCUUCCUUCCACAGGUGACCAGCCAGUUCGUUCAGCAGUUCUACACUGUAUUGCACCAGUCUCCGAAGCAGCUGCAUCGCUUCUAUGCCGACUCCAGCAUCUUUUCUGUGGCAAACGUGGCCGGGGACGGCCUGGUCCACACCGCCGUCGGGCAACGGGCAAUCUACGAGGCUGUGCAGCGGCUGGGGUUCGAGGAGGCCGUGACCGAGAUCUACAGCGUGGACUCCCAGCCCUCCGCUGUGGAAGGCGUUGUGGUGCAGGUGUCCGGGACACUCCAGAGCAGGGGCAAGCCCAAGAGGCCCUUUGUGCAAACUUUCUUCCUCGCCGUCCAGGAGAAGGGAUACUAUGUGCUGAACGACAUCUUCAGGUUCCUGCCCAUUGGCUUGACCAACCUGGCGGCGGCCAUGGUGCCGGCCCCCCCCGUCCGCGCGCCCAUCCAUGCGCCCCCGGCCGACGGCGUGGCCGGGGCCGAGGAGCCCGCGGCCAAGGCGCCCGCCGGCGGCGUGGUUGAGGCGCCCAGCGCCGUCUCCGCCGCGGCACUCAUGUCGUACGCUGACCGGCUGCGCUCCGCCGUCGGCGACGCGGCGCGGGCCGAGGCGGCGAGGGCCGAGGCGGCCGGAACUGGGGCGUCGGAGCCGGGGCUGCCGCGGCCGGCGUCACGCCCGUCCUCGCGGACGGGGGCCACCCCCUCCGACGGUGCGCCGGUGGCGGACGGUGCCGGGCCGGACGGUGCCAGGCCGGACGGCGCCAAGGCCCCGCGCGGCGACUCGCUGUCCUCCACCUCCUCCACCGCCUCCGCGGGGCAGGGACCCUCCGCCAGUGGCGCCGCGCCCGCCGGGCUGGGCGCCGCGCCCGCCAGCGUGGCCACCGACUCCAGCGGCGGCAGUGCCGGGCCCAACCCCUCCGUCUUCAUCCGCGACAUCCCGCCCGCAGUGAAACUGGAGCAGCUGGUGGAGGCGCUGACGGCCUUCGGUCCGCUGCGCCCCAAUGGCGUGAAGCUGAAGCAGCAGCGUGGGCGCGACAGCUACGCCUUUGUCGACUUCGUCUCCCCCGACGCCUCGGCCGCCAUCCUGUCCCAGGGCCUGGAGCUGGAGGGGCGCGCGGUGACCAUCGCGGAGAAGCGCGCGCAGCCCUACUUCCCCACCAUGCCGGGCCCGGGGCCAGCGGGGUACGCCGGCGUGCCAGGCAUGGGCCUGGGCGGGGGGCCCCUGGCUCAGGGGCCCGGGGUCGCAUACCCGGGGCCCGGGCAGCAGGGCGCGCCGGGGCCGGCGGGGCCCGAUCACGGCCACCCAGGCGUGGGGUACGGCUGGCAGGCGCCGCGCGGGCGCGGCGCCAGGCCCGAGUACGGCCGUGGCGGCGGGCGGGGCGCGGGGCCGGGCGGGCGCGGCCCACCCCGGCCCCAGCAGUGA